CCCCGGGAGAAGAGAGCAAACACACCCCUCAUGCGCGCUCCAGCUCGGACCUGAUCGUCUGUCGGGAUGGAUUUGUUUCUGGACGCUCGCUCUCCGUACGACAACACCUUCAAUUUCUGGACCGACUACCUGGGUCUGUCCACGCUGGUGAGCGGCACCAAGCUCGCCGCUCCCGCCUGCGGCCCCAACUCCAUCACCGAGUCCCUGAAGGCGAGCCUGGGUCUGGACGACUCCCCGCUCUGCGCGUGCGGGGUCGCGGCCGCCCGCGGGGAGGAGGAGCGCUGCGGCUCUCCGGGGGUCUCCAUCUACUCCCUGCUCAGCCCGUACGAGCCGCAUCCCUGCGACCCGGAGCGAGAUUCUCCCCCGUACAGAGCCGCCUUCCCCGGGCUGGACCUGCUGGCGCUGGAGCGGCGGCGCAAACAGCCUCAGAGGAGCAAACCGGAGCCGAAAGUCUGCGUCUUCUGCCGCAACAACGGAGCCCCGGAGGAGGUGUACGGCACCCACAUCCUGAAGACGGCGGACGGCCGAGUGCUGUGCCCCAUCCUGCGCGCCUACACCUGCCCGCUGUGCAGCGCCAGCGGCGACAACGCGCACACCAUCAAGUACUGCCCCUUGUCCAAGGAGCAGCCCGGGCCCAGGCUCCCGCGGGGCUCCAGGUCCGUCGGGAAGAGGCUGAAAAUCUUCUGAACUUCUCACCUUGCACCAGACAAAAACACUGGAACGUGUCGUGGGCUCACUGCUUGUCCCAAUAGGCGAACUAAACAGCUCAACUUUCGGGAGGCACCGGUCCAAAAUUGGCAAAACAACACGUCUAUUAUUGAAUGGAAAAACGGUUUUAAACAAAGGUUUCAUUUCAAAGUGAAGGCUUCCCCUGAGCAGCUUCAGUGGAUGACGCUGACUGCGUGCACUUAUUUUGAAAGGGUCCAGUCACAUCCUGAGCAGAGCAGGAACACAAACGCAGGACGGUCAGAGGAGUCUAAACUUUCCUUGCUGGUAGAAGCUGAUGUGAGUGGCUCAGCGCUGACCCUGCUGCUGCCGCCGCCGUUCACUUAAACCCACGUUAGGUUUGUUUGUUUCCGCCCCUCUGCUCUGAGAAGAGUCCUGCCACAGCUCUCCUCACUCUUGCACUCAUCGGGUCCUUCCUGCAUGUCGGAAGCUUUGAGCCUGACCUCCUGACCUCCUGACCUACCUGCCAAUGCAGUGGCCGCGCUCUUUCCUUCCUCUAGACUCCGGAGGCCUUGAACACGGUGGUAGUCUGUGCACUCCAGCAUGCAAGAUUGUUUCUAUGGCGCACAUUUCCUGAUGUUUUCUACCAAAGGAUGACACUUUUGUACCCCGUCUGAAACUAAGUUGUGCAUUGUUUAUAUGUUGGACGUCUUCUCCGUGUCUUUUUUCUAUGUGCAUAGUAUUUUUGGAUAUUUUUCGACUGAAUGUAAACCAGUGGAAUGUAGACCUGCCAUGCUGUUCGCUCACUAACACUCGCGUUUAUUCUCAGUGGAUAGAUGUAAAUGUUCCCUGCAAUUCUUGUAAAUGUAUCAAAGAAUGUUUUUGUAAUAGAAUUGACUGACAUUCCAAAGUCUUUAUCUUGUCAAUAUAAAUGUUUUAUGUACUUAUUUUUAUCCGUAUUAUUGGAAAGUAUAUUCACUGUAAAUAAAUAAA